AACUCUUGCGAAAGUUUAAGAGCGUGUUAACUGGCCAAGUGUGGCAGAGUGUGUGCUGAGUAUCGGAACAGGCCAGUUCGUCAGCGAUUGCAAAGUUCCCACCGAGGCCUUUAACAAGCAAUGGCAGACAGCAAAAGGACCAGUGAUGUUGGGGCUGCUGCAGUGCCACCAGAUGCUGAGGAGCAGCAGCAGAGCGUGGUGUCCCGUGUUGGCAACCUUCCUUUUGUGAGCUCCGCAUGUGGUGUGGUGUCCAGUGCCUACAGCACCACCAAGGACAGCAUGCCCCUCCUGCGCGGGGUCAUGGAUGCAGCAGAAAGCGGUGUCCGCACCCUGGGAGCUGCAGCCAGCACUGGCUCCAAACCCUUGUUGGAUAUGCUAGAGCCACAGAUUGCUGUGGUGAAUGAAUAUGCAAUGAAGGGGCUAGAUAAGAUGGAGCAGAACUUUCCCAUCCUGCAGCAGCCUGCUGACAAGCUGGUAUCAGACACCGUAGGAGUAGUGUGCCAAACAGUGUCAGGGGCCAAGGAUGUGAUGAAGGGAGCAGUGAUAGGGGGUGUGGAGCUGACCCGUGCUGCAGUGAGUGGUGGUCUAAACACAGUCCUGGGGACCCGAGUUGGCCAGAUGGUGAGCAGCGGGAUGGACAUGGCCCUCAGGCGCUCAGAAGACUGGGUGGACCACAACCUGCCCCUCAGUGAACGGGAACUGGCAGAGCUUGCCGAACCUCUCCCAGAGGAGGAGGCUGUGGCCAUGGAGAGCUCCAGCCCCAACUACUUUGUGCGUCUGGGCAAGCUGUCUGCCAAGGUGCGAGAGCGUGCCCUGGAGCAGUCGCUAGGGAGAGCCCGACAUGCCCGCGAUGCAACUCAUGCUGCUCUGAGCCAGAUCGCCAACACCCUGGACCUGCUGGAGAGUGCCAGGGCUGCCUUGGCCUCUGCCAGCCAACAGCUGGGUGGGGCCCCUGAGCAGCUGCUUCAGCGCUGGACUGAGUGGCAGAGUGGCCAGUCAAAGAGUAAGGAAGGGCAGGAGGAGGCGGAUGCUGGGAAAGCAAAGGAGGAGCAGCUGGAGUGGCGCACGCUCUCCAUGGUGCGCAGCCUGAGCGAACAGCUGCGCUCUGCCUGUUUGGGGGUUGUGUCCAGCGCACAGGGGCUCCCUGCUGCCGUGCAGGAUCAGCUGGGCAGUGCUCGCCGGGCAGCGGAAGAGCUGCACUCAUCCCUGAGCAGCAGCAGCACCCUCUCCCCCAGCCUGCUGGAGCAGAGCCGCCAGCAUCUUGCACAGGUCCGGCAGUCUAUGGAUGGUGUGAUGGAGUACCUCCUCCACAAUACCCCCCUCAACUGGCUAGUUGGGCCAUUUGCACCCCAGAUCACAGAGAAGGGUGAGGGGGUACAGCAAGAGAGCCAUGGAAGCCCUCCAAGUCAAGGCCACUGAGUUCAAAUGAACUGUAAUUGAACAAGUGUCCCCAGGAGGGUAAAAUGGAUCUGGGUCAUUUCAACAGUAUGUCACCUUGCUGUGUGGGUGGAAUUACCAAUCAAAAUUAUUUGUACAAAAGGAAGUUCUAAAAAGGAAAAAAGCCUAUAAACACUUUUACAACCACAAAGUUUUUGAUAUUGUUACUUUACCAGGUCUGUCACUGCAGAGGAUAUUUUGAUUGUAUCAAACUACUACAAUCAUUCUUAUUUUUGCUGGGAGUAUGGCCUACAUGUUGUAGUCUAUUUCCAUAGAAAAGUAUAAACAAGCCUAAAUAAGAAUGCACUUUAAUCCAUUCCACAACUUUUCCCCUCUGUUGGAACUUUGUUAUAAAUGUGUUUUGGACAUAGAGCAAGGUAAAAUAUAAAGUUGAAAUAAGAGCAGAAAAAACAUCAGUUAUCUGUGUGUGCAAUUGUAGAGGGGGGGGGGGAGAAAUCAAUUGGGGGUCACAGAGCAAUGACAAAUCAAUGCUCAUAGCAUACCUGUAAUGAACUAUACAGCUGCAUGCAUUCUUUAAGCAGCUAUGAAUUUGUGGGUGCAAACAUUGGAGUACACUGUCAAAUACAUUGCCAUAAUUGAAUGUUGCUGUAAUAUUUGCUGUCAAUGUACAAUGACUUGUGGCUCUAUCAAAAAGCACCUUGCUGGGGAAGAAAAAAUGCAAUGAUAAUAAAAGACUGAACCAUC